GGUCGCCGCGACGAUCGGGCGCGCUCGGUACGGUACGGCGUGGCGACGCGACGCGGCGGCUCGGCGUGUAACGCGCCUCACUUCAGUCCGUUACGGUGCGUCGCGCGGCGCGUUCGGUGGGACGACGUGCGUUUCGUACGUCGAGGGGAAGGCAUACGCGCGUGCACACACACACACACACACACGAGGGAGACGCGUCUCUUGUGGCGUCGCUGCGGUGGUGCGGAGGGCGCACACAUACGCGUCACAGAAAAACGCGAAGCCUCCCCUUUAUCAAACUCGCGCUCCUACGUUCUCGCUCUCCCCGUCUCCCUCUCCCUCUCGCGCGCGAGUCCCCGCGAGCGCUCGGAGCACGCGUCUCUCUGACAUGCGGCCGGCGAGCGUCAGGACGAGCCAUUGUCCGUGCCGUUUGACACUCGGGGCAACGGCCAGCCGUGCAAGCGACGACUCUUCCCGCAGCCGCAUCGAGCGAGCGAGCGAGCUCAACUCACCGGUCUGAACUUACUUGCGGAUCGCGACGCGGGAAAGGCGGAGCGCGGGAGGCGGCUGCCUAAUCGUGGAUAUUUUUAUUACGGUCUUUGAGAAUGGAGCACGGAGAACCGAUGUAAAGGGAGUAGACGCGAUAGAUGUUCGGCGCCAUGUUACGCCCUUGUAUCGUCGGAAUCGUCGUCGGCUAAGUUUCACGUAUCUCUGGCCCCGUGGUAUAUUUAUUAUUUAUGAAUGGAUGGAGCUGCGACGGGAAUUGGAGGAGGACCGGUUGCGGAUCUGGGAAAUCUGGAAAGAUGGUGGUACAAUCCGGGGAUCGUCGCCUGGAGCUUUGUGCUCUUCGGCAGCUUUCUCCUCAACGCGACACUUCUACUUGCGUUUCUCGUUAGACCAGGACUGCGCACCAUCUCCAACAGAUUCGUGAUGAACCUAACCGUCUCGAAUUUGUUGACGUGCGCUGUGCUGAACCCGUUGCUGAUGAUGGACGGCCCGGCGGCAGGAGACGCGCCGACAGCGUCCACGUCGGCGCCGGAGGACGUCGCGUCGCUGUUCGGCCCGACGUCGACGUCGACGUCGGCUGCCAGUAAUAUUUGCGCGAUAUCCGAAGGCGCAACCGCGCUCGUCACCACGUCGUCAGUGCUGUCGGUCCUGCUGAUCGCCGUCGACCAGUACUUCGCCGUGGUGGACCCAUUGCGUUACCGGGCCCGGGUCGACAAGAUCAAGUCAGCCGUGCUGAUCGUUUCCGUAUGGUUGGUCUCGGCGGCCUUUGGCUUGGUCGCCUCCUUGAAUCCGUAUCCUCGCAGCCUUUGGCUGUCCUGCGGCACGACGGCGGCUCUGUCAGAAAAUUCAUCCUAUCGCGAUCGCGUCUUCGUACCGAACAUUACCGCAUCGGCGGAAACGUCGUUCGAAUCCGCGUUCGGGUUCUUCGGCAAUGGAACGAGCGAGGAAGAGGAGAUCGACGAUGUCGCGGUGUUGCUGAAGACGAUCGAGUCGAUCAAGAUCGAUAAUGGCGUCGGCCCCCUCGAGAAUUCCACAGUGAUUUUCCACACUCUGAACAAUGGCACCGUCACUUACGGGCUUAUUUACGCGAUCGUGUACAGUGUGUUCGCGUAUCUACUUCCGUUCGCCGGUGUUUGCUGGAUUUACAUCAGCAUUUACUCAGCCGCACACCGAAACUCCGAGAGAACUCGCAGGACUGGCUCGCGACCGAUCCUCUCGUCGGCCAGCUUCAGCGAGGAUCCGUAUAGUUACGCAAAGCCGCAGAAUCAGUCCACCGAUCCGUUUCCCGAAGAAUUCCGUAGAAUACCCAAGAUCUCGAGUCUCUCGUCGAUCGACGAGACGAGCGAGACUACGCACUCGGCCAAUCAGAUAUCACGUCGGAGAUCCUUCUCGUCAUCGUCGGAUGCCGUGCAGUCAGGACCGAGUGAUGAGAAAACGUCGUCAGGCGUCGUCUUCACUGUGGGUCUGCAACCAGUGGAAGUGUCAUCGUCAUCGUCGCGCGGUCAGGAUAACGAUAAUAACCUGAAAGCGGCGAAUUUGCAAGCAAAUUAUCUUAAGAGGGAACGUGGCGUUUCGUCUUACGAAGACCUCACCGCGAGUAAAUUCCGCGAUUCAGCGGAGGAUCGCAGACGGAAAUCUUCGUGCGAUUUAACGGAUGAGUUCAUCAGGGAAUCAUCCGUUUGGAUCGCCGGGAUGGACUCGAGCGACUCCGAAUCUGAGAACGACGGGCGACGCUAUGAUUACUUUGACUCUUUGAAAGUUCCUAAAAUAACUCGGAAGAUCACGAAUCGACGGUGCUCCGACUAUCUCCUGCCGGUCGUCGGAUGUGAGAGGACGAAGGAGCCGCGUGAAGACGUGGAAGUGCCCGAGCGGGACUCUUUUGAAAGGAUGGAUCCUCGUCGUGUUGACGAGGAGGUCUCCGUCGCGGCCAAGACGACGGAACGAGAACAGGCGCGGAACGAAAUUUUGACUUCGAGCGGUUCGAACUCGACGGAAAACAAAAGAUCGAGACGACCUAGUCGCCGUUUAUCGAGAUCCGGCGUUUUGGAUGUCAAUUUGGACCCACACACGAUUGGCAGAAACGUGGAGAACGUCGGAAACAGUAGCCUGGAAUCCUCGUCUUGCCUCCUGACACCGAUCGUGACGAUCACGCCGGCGCCAGGCAAACCCGGCACGCUGCACCGGGUGGCUAGUGUACGCAGCACCAGCAGUUACAUUAAUUCUCUCAAGCACCGGAUCAGCAACGGUUCCCUGUUUAGAUACCGCGAGGAGACGCGGGCAGCCAGGAUCAGCGCGCUGGUGAUUGUAAUGGGCUUGAUCUGCUGGUCGCCGUACGUGCUGUUGAGCGUGAUGAAAAACCUGCCGCAAUACUCGGACUAUGUUUUCCCGCACGAAUACGAUGUGUUAGCGCUCAGUUUCUUAAUCCUGGCCGCCUACGCGAGCCCAUUACUUUUCGGCUACCGGUCCCGACGAGUGAAGCGGGAGCUGCGCAAGUUCUUCUGCUUCCAUCGCGAGCUCUCGUACAAGAACAAUCGCAGCCUUAUGGCGAAGAAGGUGCUGAAGCGUCGGCACAGCAGCACCUUGAGCCACUUGGAGAUGGACCAUCGUUACAAUAUCUUCAACUGCGUCUACGGCAGGAGCAGGUGGCCCAAGGAAAAAGUGCAGUUCGUCCAGGUGCCGGAUACCGCCCUCGCCGUGGAAACCUGCAGGAGCAGCUUCUCGAGCGGCGCCAGCACGCAGAUCUCCAGCACGUCCACGGAGGAGUGUUGAAUCGCGACGAGUCUCGCGAGAUGGCGCGGAUUUCCGCGCGUUGAAAUCGCGAGAGGAUUGGUUUUUUCAAUGAUCGACGUGAUCCUACGGGAGAAGGGAUAUGCGCGACGCAACGGGGGGAGACAGCGUAAAAUAUGCCUGUGUUUACGUACGUGGUACAAGUUCGUCAAUGAACUCCGUGCGAUCGGGACGAUAACUAACGAGAGAUAGAUAAAUAACGUAGCCAGAGACGAGAACUUACGUAUGUUUAUGGCUUACGUAUGUUUCGGUACGCGGAUCGACACACUUUUGUGAUUCGUCACGGUCCCCUUAGACGUGUCCCACAUUAUACGUCGCCUUUUAUUUUCGGACAAUGCGAUGUGAAUGAGACCGAGCGACGCGAACGUGUGCGUCCCGAGCGCUCUAAUGCGUGCGAAUCCAAUUGUCGCGUCCAAUGCGUCUUUCUUCCGACGACACUUCCGCUCUUUCACUUGUUCACGCGAGAUUAACGAGAUUUGGCAGAACAAUGCCAAUUUUGGCAGUGCAAUCGGACGUUCGAAAUCACCGUUUAUUUCGAAAACUGUGCGCGUUCGACGAAAGCUCGACGAGACGUCGUCGCCGCAAAACGACCGAAACGAGAAGACGUCGCGUCUGCGUCAUUGUCUUGCUCUGUAAUCAAAAUAAGUACGCUAGUUCGUACGCAGACCUCGCAAACCGGCGCGUGAAACCGCUACUCUCGGCGAGGCUGUCCGUUUUAGUAUUAAGAGCAUAUUAUCGCGCUAAGUCGUCAGGUGUUAGCUGGCUCGAGAAGUAUUAGAGUUCGCCGAACCCGAAAGGAGGCUUUAGUCUUUAUGCUUAUUUACGCGCUGCAUCCAUGUAUUUUACCCCUCCCCUCUCGCCCUCUUUCCCCCUCCCCCCUCCUCUCCCGUUUCCUUCGUCCGUUUCCUCUCCGCGUUCGUCGACGUAAUUGCCGGCAGCAUCGUUCGACGCACGCAGGUAGGAUGAAUCUGGUUGCAGCGCGGCGUGCACUCUCGUAAACGGCUAUUUAUUCGCGGAAUGUCGAACAUAUGUCGUCCGUACGACUCUGUAUGUAGAUAUUGUACACAGCAUUUCUCAUGACAAAGUCUUUCGUCGAGGCGUCGCCGUGUCCCGUCGAAAGGACACUCCCUCCCUCCCUCCCUCCCCCCGCAACCCCACAGCCCACGAUUAUUACUUUUGUACAUUACAAUUAGAGACUCUGUCUUUAUUUAUAUUAAAUAAUUUGUACAUAGAGAUUGGACGGCGAAUCUCAGCGCUGCUAGUUACUAUAGAAUUACUCACGUCCUGUGUGUAGCGUUUCGAUCGUAGCGUGAUUCGUAUGUGUAGUAUAAUGUAUAUGAUGCGUCAUUACCGUUUUGUAUUAUAUAUAUCCGCCAUGGUGAACUCGACAGGCUGUCUAUGACAUGUGAUAACACCAAAACCAUAAUAUUAGCCACUUAAUAUUAGCUUUAUUUAUGUGACUUUCUCAAUAAAAUACUUUUUGCGAGAUCGCAAAAUCCGCACUGAAUAUAUCAAUGCAUGCAUACGUGUGCGCGCGCGCGCGCGCGCGUGUGUGUGCGUGCGUGUACAUGAAUGUGUGCGUAAACCAUUUUGCGAAAUAUCAGGACGUCUUAUAGACGUUAACGAGAUCGUAAAUUAUUAUUUUAAACUCUUCCAAUAAUAAAUAGAUCAAGAUUUUAA